AUGGUCUUGAAUCCAAGUAACUCCUCUUCUGUGUUCAAAGAGGAGAUCUCCCGGAGGUUUAAGGCCCAACAAGACCAGCUUGUCCUGAUUUUCGCUGGCAAGAUUCUCAAAGAUGGAGACACUUUAAAUCAGCAUGGAAUCAAGGAUGGACUCACUGUCCAUUUGGUGAUCAAGACCCCACAGAAGGCCCAAGAUCCUGCUGCUGCUGCUGCCACCAACGCCACUGCCGCCACCACUGCUGCUGCCGGCACUGCUGCUACUGCUGCUGCUGCUGCUGCUCCUGUUCCCUCUGCCCCUGAUGCUGCUUCUGCUCCAGCCCCCACGACUGCUUCACCUGCCGCUUCCACCGCCCCUGCUCAGCCAUCCACCUCCAGCAGCACUGUCCCAGAUGCUGCUAGUGGGAACCGGAGGAGCAGUGGAGGAGGUCCAACCCCAGGAGCUGGGGAUGGACCUCCUAGUGGUCCUGCAUCUAUACUCUCGGGCUUUGGGGGCAUCCUAGGGCUGGGCAGCCUUGGCCUUGGCUCAGCUAAUUUCAUGGAGCUACAGCAGCAGAUGCAGAGGCAGUUGAUGUCCAACCCUGAGAUGCUGUCCCAGAUCAUGGAGAAUCCUCUGGUCCAAGACAUGAUGUCCAACCCUGACCUCAUGCGUCACAUGAUCAUGGCUAACCCACAGAUGCAGCAGCUGAUGGAGAGGAAUCCGGAGAUCAGCCAUAUGCUCAAUAACCCAGAGCUAAUGAGGCAGACCAUGGAACUGGCUCGAAAUCCUGCCAUGAUGCAAGAGAUGAUGCGCAACCAGGACCGGGCCCUGAGCAACCUAGAAAGCAUCCCCGGAGGAUACAAUGCCUUGCGACGCAUGUACACAGACAUCCAGGAACCUAUGUUCAGUGCUGCUCGGGAACAGUUCGGCAACAAUCCCUUCUCCUCAUUGGCGGGGAACUCUGACAGCUCCUCCUCCCAACCUCUCCGGACUGAGAACCGGGAGCCCCUCCCUAACCCCUGGAGCCCCUCAGCCCCCACCUCCCAGGCCCCAGGGCCCGCUGGGGAGGGCACCGGAGGCUCAGGGACCAGCCAGGUGCACCCAACAGUCUCCAACCCCUUUGGGAUCAAUGCAGCUAGCCUGGGGUCAGGGAUGUUCAAUAGCCCUGAGAUGCAGGGCCUUCUCCAGCAAAUUUCAGAGAAUCCCCAGUUAAUGCAAAACAUGAUCUCUGCCCCGUAUAUGCGAAGUAUGAUGCAGACACUUGCCCAGAAUCCUGACUUUGCUGCUCAGAUGAUGGUGAAUGUCCCAUUGUUUGCUGGAAACCCCCAGCUGCAGGAGCAGCUUCGCCUCCAGCUCCCAGUCUUUCUACAGCAGAUGCAGAACCCAGACUCGCUGUCCAUUCUCACCAACCCCCGAGCCAUGCAGGCCCUGCUACAGAUCCAACAGGGGCUGCAGACGCUGCAGACGGAGGCCCCAGGGCUGGUGCCCAGCCUUGGCAACUUUGGGGCACCCCGGAUUCCCCCUCCCCCUGCAGGAGGCAGCAGUGGCCAGGAGCCCCCCAUUACUUCCCCAUCCACGCCAGCUAGUGCCUCUCCAGUAGGGGGCACUGCCAGCCCCCAACAGCAGCUGAUGCAACAGAUGAUUCAGCUUUUGGCUGGAGGAGGAAACUCCCAGGUGCAGACACCAGAGAUUCGAUUUCAGCAGCAGCUGGAGCAGCUCAACGCCAUGGGCUUCAUCAAUCGAGAGGCUAACCUGCAGGCUCUGAUUGCUACCGGUGGGGAUAUUAAUGCAGCCAUUGAGAGACUGCUGGGCUCUCAGCCCUCCUAAUCCCUGAGUCCACCCCCCACCCCACCCCAUCCACAUAUGCACACCUACACACUGAUCUCCCCUACAUUGUUUGAUUCCUUUGAUAGCUCCCUGACCUCUCCAGAUCCAUAACCUCAUCUCUUAAGACUCUUCACCCCCUGAGUCUGCUCUUCAAGCCUCUUUAAACAACAGAAGGAGCAAUUGGGGCAUGGCAACCUAACCCCACAGCUCUGUCUUAAGUCUCUUGGUUCUAUUUGUACAUCUCUCCUCCAUUCUGCCCCUGCCUGAUCUUUGGCAGAGAUAUUUAAGCAAUUUUGACUUUUAUUUGGAUUUCCCAAAUCCAUCUCUGACUGCCCCCCAUGUUCUCCAUAACUUAUCAUUAAUGGAACUGAGACAUGGGGUGACCUGAUUGAUUUAUCAGGAAUUAUUGGUCUGAAUUCCCCCCACCCUGGUAUCAUGGAAUCUUUUUGUGUCUAAUUCUGGCUGUACCCUAGCUCCCUUAUCAGAAUCCUCUUAUGACACUCCCCACCAGUCCCAUCUCCAAUAUGAUCCUCCCUCCCUAAUAAAGUGUUGUGGGUUUCUAUGCUUCCAAACUGGAGAGGGCAGGUAGAACAGACAGUCUGUUUAACACAUUCCCGAAGGACCCUUCUUUAGUGGGCCCUACUGUCAGAGAGGAAAGGAGAAAUUGUCUCCCCAUUUGGGGAGGGAGAUGGAUCACUUAGGCCACAGAAACAAGGAGGGGUGAUCAUGCCAGAUAGGAUCUAGCUAUCAGUUUAGUAAAUAGGAGUGAGGUCUGUUGUUGGGGAGCAGUGAAGCUUUCUGGAGAAUGAAUGUCCCAGUUGGGGCAAGUCAGAAUGGGCAAGAGAGUCAGGAGGCAGAAAUAGACAGCAGCCCUAGGAGCAAAUCUGUGGUUGGCUAGACUGGGAUAGAGAGUGAAUCUAGGAGAAGGGACUUAAAAAUCCUAAUUAAGGAUUGGGAUUAGAAGAGAAAGAGGGUAAUUCCCGAUGCCCACAGUGGUCCCUGUUGACUAUAUAACUCCCAUGCACAGAAUGUUGAUACCCUUCCCUUUCACUUCCCCCCAAACAUACCCUACAGGCAGACAUCAACACAUUCUCCAUGUGCUCAAGACCACCAGGGGCUUGUCCAGGUCUGAAGUGACCAGUGCCUUUGGCCCUCCCCUGGGAAUCAAGGUUUGCCCUAGAAAGGGCUGGGAUUUCUUCCCUGUCCCUCAGGGAUAUUGUAGGAGGGAGGGUCCUAUGUUCUAGUUUCUGAACCAUCUCCCCCAAAGAGAAAUGGGGGGUUGCCAGUCUGGGGGUGGGACAGGAGUAGCUGGUAUGCAGAAGUCUUGAUGCCGAAUAAGGAUGAGCAUGCCCCUUUGAAAAGGGGCAGGGAUACCACCCAACCAUCCCCACCCACCACCACACACAUGUAUUCACACAUAUACAUAAUCACCCUGACCUCUGAAUACUGGUAAGUGUUUUGAGAUCAUAGAAAAGAGAUGGGGGCCCUCACCCUCUGCGUCCUGAGCCUCUGCCUUUCUUACCUCUGUUCAUUCCCCCCUCCUCCCCAAGUUCUUCCUUUUGUCCUUUAUGCCAGAAAACCCUAUAUGAAGGAGGAGGUGGUGAUGAAGUCAUUUUUUGAGCUGGGGUUGGAGACCAUGAUAGGAGAGAACAGGAGCCUCAUCCCUACCCCAUCUCCCCAAUCCCAUGUAAAUAAAUGGCGUGAUCUUUGUCGUGA